UCGAAAAGAUGGAAAGCCUGAUGUACGGUUGAGGCGAAGUUUCAGUAUCCCGCGCACGAAGAGAGAGAGAGAGAGAGAGAGCGAGAGAGAGCGUUUCUGUCAAUCGCAAUUCCCUUUUUCAGCGUCCCCACACAGAUGGAUUCCCCUAUUUUCCCUCAUACAAAGGAGUAGAAGAGAAGAAUUCCAUCUUCCAAAUUCUCGAUCUUGCCAUGGACGAGGAAAAUCCUGCCCCAAGGGCAUCCUCGUCUUCUGCCCCUACAGGGGCCCCGCCACCACCGCCGCCUCCUCCUCCUCCUCCUCCGGCGCCGACGCCUGCCCCGCCGGUUCUUCCUCCUUCCUCCAAGGAAACAGCUCCAGCUGCGGCCGCGGACCACCGUCAGAGGUUCUCCGUCGAACUUCGGCCCGGCGAGACCACCAUCGUCUCAUGGAAGCGGCUCAUCAAGGACUCCAACAAGGUGGUCCGACCCCCGCCCGUUCCCGAGCCCCCACCGUCCGGGGCGCACCCCGCCCUCGAGUCCCGAAUCUCACCCGCAGGGGCAGACCAAGCUGCAGAAGGUGAAUUAAAGGAUGCUCCAAAUCGUUUCAGUGCUGUUAUUGAGAAGAUUGAACGACUAUACAUGGGCAAUCCAAGUAGUGAUGAGGAAGAACUUGAUGGUGUUCCUGAUGAUGAUGAGUAUGACACGGAAGAUUCUUUCAUAGAUGAUGCUGAACUGGAUGAGUAUUUUCAGGUUGAUAAGUCGGCAACCAAACACAAUGGGUUCUUUGUUAAUAGGGGCAAGUUGGAAAGAAUAAAUGAACCUAUCUCAUCACCUAAUAACACGUCAAAGAAACGGAGGAGGAAGGACUUGACCAAAUCUCGUAGUGAAACAGAUGGGGAGCAUAUACGAAGUAAGCAUGUAAAAAUGGGUAAUGUGCGGAUGAAAGCUGCUGCAAGGAGUGCACCUUUGGUGGGGAGCAAAUUGUCAAGUCCCUCUAAAAUGUCAGCUCCAGUAAGCGAACAUUAUCAAGACGGAAAGUCUCUGCAGAAUCAGUCGAAUGCCUCCAUAGGGGCUUCCAAGAAGAAGACUGCUGAGUCUACCAUUAAAUCAGGGCAUUCAUCUGUCAAAGUGUCCCAUAAGAAUACUCCUGUUUUUCCCAUGGAAACAAAGGAUGGUGAAAAGCAUAAAACUGAUGUCAUCCAACAAAGGGACAUUGCUAAUAAAAAAAUUAGAAGUGAGUCCUCUGAUGCUACGCACCGGACAUUUCUUGAUAAAGGUGUUUCCAUUCAAGAUGAUCCUCAGCCAAGAAAAUUGUUGAAUGAUACAAAUGGGAUAGAGCUGCCCACCAAGGUUCGACAUAGGGAGAAAAAUGGGAGUGAAUUUCCUGAUCUGAGUUCAUCUGGGAGCAAGAAUCCCAUGCAAAAAGUGAAAUCAGCAUCCACGCCAGCCAAAGAAGGUUCUAGUGUUAGGCCAAAAGGCACAAUGCUUGAACGGGCAAUUCGGGAGUUGGAAAAUAUUGUAGCAGUAUCAAGACCGCCGACUAUGGAAUUUCAGGAGGCAGAUGCUUCAGCCCAAGGAGUCAAAAGGAGAUUGCCACGAGAUGUAAAACAGAAGCUUGCUAAAGUUGCUAGAUUAGCGCAGUCAAGCCAAGGAAGAAUAUCAGAAGAGUUAAUUAAUCGCCUCAUGAGUAUUCUUGGUCACAUAGUGCAGUUAAAAACAUUGAAGAGGAACUUGAAGGAGAUGGUUGAAUUAGGAUUAUCAGCGAAACAAGCGAAAGAUGAUAGGUUCCAACAAAUCAAAAAGGAGGUCAUUGAAAUGAUUAGAAUGCGGCCCCCUUCUCUAAUGCCCAAGGCGGCUGAGCACCGAGAUGGAUCAUCUGACGAUUUUCAGGAAGUACUUGGUUCCGAGGAGAAAGGAGCCCUUAAAGGAAGAUAUAGUAUGGAUCAUGCAAUGGAGGACAAGAUUUGUGAUCUCUACGAUCUGUAUGUUGAGGGGAUGGAUGAAGACAAAGGCCCACAAAGUAGGAAGCUAUAUGUGGAGCUUGCAGAAUUGUGGCCCACUGGGUCCAUGGACAACCUUGGGAUCAAAACUGCUGUCUACAGGGCGAAAGAGCGAAAAAGGGCCCUGUAUAAGCGGCACAAGGAGGCAGAGAAGAUCAAGAGGAGAAAACCCUCCCCUGCAGUUAGGAUGGAAGAAACUGCAAGGGGGGAAGCUAGUUCGAAUGCUCAGCUACGAGCCAUCCAAGAGAGGCAGACUACUGAUACUAGCUCACAAGCGUUUACAUCAUCUGACAGGCCAGCUUCCAAUCCAACAACCAGCCAACACCUUGCCACAUUGGGCCGGACAUCCAGUCCAUACACAAGUUCCAGCAUGGAUCAGCUGAAACACGAGAAGGUAAGAGGAAGUACAAGCAUGCUUGGGGAUGACAUGGGCAAAACAACCGAUUCUGCUAUUGUGAAGAAAAAAGUGAAGAGGAAACCAGAAUCAAAUCUGGUGGAUAUCCGUGUUCAUUCUGUGAAGCCCAACUCAUCAUUGCAACAACAUCACGGAAAAGAAAGGCACAAGUCUGACAAGUUCCCUGCAGGUCACCACCAAAAAUCAAACCUGCAACCGGCUGCUCUUCCAGGUUUUGAGCAACCAAGCUAAGGGUACAUUUGGAAGUACCUUGGGAAAUGGAUGGGCAGAAACAGAAUGCUUUUCUGCCGAAAUAAUGUUUGUUUUUCUACUUGGAACAAAUGAAGUAUUGUUCAGUCGGCAGAAAAGCAUUAACCCCAGUGACCUGCCCACUCAGGUUUCCUUCUUUGCCACUGCCCCAUAUGCAAAUUAGUUCACAAUGAAAAAUCACCCACUGACAUAUUCCACCAAAUGUAGAUUGGGGUACUUCCAAACUACCAAAUGUAAUGACAUGUCCAACAGUUACGUUUGCAGUCAGUAGCAGUUAUUACGGAAAUAUUAGGGAGAGAGAGAGAGAGAGAGCUUCUUGGUUUUUUGUUUUUAUGGUGUUUGCCGCGACCUCCACUCAAAUAAAUUUACCCUUGGCAUUGGCAAUCCUAGUCAGGUUUAAAGGAGUGUCAUAAACAAGCAGAAGAGCUUUCCACAUUGAAGAUGGAAGAGUUUUAAAUUAUUUUUACAUUCAUGCAA